CCCCCCGCGGUCCCCGUUUCUCCCCUUUGCUCCCUCGCAGCUUCCUGCUCCUCCAGAAGGCCCCAGGUACUCGUUCCCACCUUUUACGUCCACUCUUUGAGUCACCAGGCCGCACUUGUAUGCAGGGAUACUAGCCCUACCGAUCCGAAGCAACCCGGGCACUUUCAAACGCCGGAGCGGUUUCUAUAGCAACGACUAACCGGAAGCAUGAGUCUGAAACCGGAAGCGGAAGUCCCUCUUGAAAAAGCUCCGCCGCCGCGGUGAGUAGCUGGAGCUGGUGCGGCUCGAGUCCACGUGGAUUCGCGGCUUGAAAGUGGGGGGCUGAAGGCAGGCCGCCCCGGCGAGAGGCACCCUUUUCCGCCGCGCGGGCCUCGCGCCCCCCCGCUUGCCCCGCUAGGUGUUAAGCGAGCGUGCUGCGAGAUGGACACUCCCCCGCUGUCGGGUUCGGAGUCGGAUUCGGAUGAGUCUCUUGUCACUGACAGAGAGUUGCAGGAUGCGUUUUCCCGAGGGCUGCUGAAGCCGGGCCUCAACGUCGUGCUAGAGGGGCCGAAGAAGGCGGUGAACGACGUGAAUGGCCUGAAGCACUGUUUGACUGAAUUCAAACGGGAUCUGGAAUGGGUUGAAAGGCUUGAUGUCACCCUGGGCCCCGUGCGGGAAAUCAGUGGAUCUCAAACAACACCUCAGAAUAAGGACCAGAAAGCUGUUGAUCCAGAAGAUGACUUCCAGCGCGAGAUGAGCUUCUACCGUCAGGCCCAGGCUGCAGUGCUUGCAGUAUUGCCUCGCCUCCAUCAGCUCAAAGUCCCUACCAAGCGGCCCACUGAUUAUUUUGCAGAGAUGGCCAAGACUGACCAGCAGAUGCAGAAGAUUCGACAGAAACUGCAGGCUAAACAGGCGGCCAUGGAGAAGUCUGAAAAGGCUAAGCAACUGCGAGCACUCAGGAAGUAUGGAAAGAAGGUGCAAACAGAGGUUCUUCAAAAGAGGCAACAGGAGAAAGCACAUAUGAUGACUGCAAUUAAGAAAUAUCAGAAAGGCUUCUCUGAUAAACUGGAUUUCCUUGAGGGAGAUCAGAAACCUGUUGCACGGGGCACGAAGGAAGGCGCUAAAGGCCAGAAGAUGAAGAAGGGUCCCAACGCCAAACGACGCUAUAAAAACCAGAAGUUUGGUUUUGGUGGAAAGAAGAAAGGCUCCAAGUGGAAUACGCGUGAGAGCUUCAACGAUGUGUCCAGUUUCCGGGCCAAGAAGGCUCAUGACAAGGGCCUCAAGAGGCCUGGGAAGAAAGGAUCAAAUAAGAGACCUGGAAAACGGACAAGAGAGAAAAUGAAGAGCAGAGCACGCUAAGGAAGCAGCAUCUUUUUAUACAGAGAACCAAGAAACAGGAUGAAGGCUUGUGAUGUCAUAGUAUAAUUGGAUUCCUUCUGGUGUUUGGUUACCAAUUUUUUUUUUUUCUGGUAAAAAUUUUUUUUUAAUAAACUAAAGAAAAUUUUCAAACAUAUAUCUUUGGUUGAAAACUCAGUAAGACUAAAAGAUGGAGAUGUUACUUUUACAAUAGUAAUACUACUAUCACAGUUUCAGAUAAAUCAGUAAUCAGUGUUUUAUAUCGUAUGAUUGUUUAAACACCAAUCAGUUUAGAGCUAGGCGUACUGUGAUAAAACUUCCUUUGUGGUAGUUUAUAUCUGAGUCAGUCAUCAUUUUAUUUUGUUGUGUGUGUCUAAUUUCCCUUCUACAUCCUUAUUUCUUUCCUAGUGCCUUGUCUUUCUAUCCACCUUAUAAUUUUCCUGGUACAACCUAGGUCCCUUUUACAACUGUGUCCUCUCAAACCUUCUAGACUUGGCCACUACUACCUGGGUUCCAUUUUUUUCUUCCCUUAUAGUUUAUACCUUUUUUAGCUGUAUACCAUUUCCAUGUUGUCUAAGAAGGGAAUUUAAAUUCCCUUGCAUUUCUGCAGUUUAUUGUAGUUGAUGUGGAUCUUCCCCAAGAAUGAUGCAGGUACUGCUUCCUAAGUUUGUAUUUUUAGCUCACUUUAAAGAUUUCGUAAUUAUUUUUUCUCAACAUUUUAUUACAGUCCUCAUUUUUCACACUAUUGGCUAAGAGUUCUUUAUUCUUCAGUUGCUCUUUUU